UGUGGGUGUUGCAGGGCUUGGCAGACAUAACUUUUGUUGCCUGGCAACCACAGGAGCGAGUUUGUUUACUUUCGAAUCUGCUUCCCUGCCGGAGGAGUGUCAGCUCUGUGGGCCACACAGGAGACGUCUUAUUGAAGCAGGAAAUUGAAGGAGUUCACAGAUGUCUGGAAUACUGGUGACACCGCGUCCGAGGGUAAGUGCCCGCCGCUCCUCCUCCCAGCUCCUGAGUCCCAGUGUCAGUGAAAUCUCCUUAGAGCCGAUUCCGGAGCCCAGCACCGGGGGUGAGCUUCAUCUGGAGAAGGAGAUUGACUGCGGCCAGGAGGUCCUAAGCUGCCAGUUCAACCCAUCCGGGACCCUGUUGGCAGCUGGACUCAUCAACGGGAUCAUCAAGGUGUACGCGGUGUCAGACGGAAGCUGUGUACACACUCUGAAGGAUGAACAAUCGAUCGCAGAACAUCUGCCAGUCACAACGCUCAGAUUCCACCCCAGCAGACCCAGCGCCAAGGGGGACCUGCUCCUGGCCACAUAUGCGGGAGGUCAGGUGAAGUUCUGGCACCUCUCCACUCAGAGUUGUGUCCGCUCCCUGCAGGAAGACAGACAGACCUUGUCCGCCACCUUCAGCCCUUCCGGCAGCCAUUUCUUAACAGCGGGAUCCGGCGCUGAGAUCCUCGUGUACGACGCAGAGAAGAUGGUGUGUGUGAACAUCUGCCAGCCCAGCCCUUCUCUCUCUAUGAUGGACGGUCAUCGCUCUCGGGUCUUCGCUCUGAAGUUUCACCCCCACAGUGAGAUGAAUUUUAUAUCCGGAGGCUGGGACAACACCGUCCAGUUCUGGGACAUCAGGCAGAGGCAUUCCAUAAAGAGACUCUCGGGCCCCCACGUGUGCGGAGAUGCUUUGGACAUCGACCCUUACACAGAGGAGAUUCUGAUUGGCUCAUGGAGGAAAGAGGAGAACCUGCAGGUCUGGGAUUCUCAGAGCGGACAGAAAAUCAGCACCAUCCCUGAUGAUAUCAGGGGUCCUUCCCAGAUUUACUGCUGUCGCUGGGUGGGCGCAGGUCACAUGGUCGCAGCGGGAAGUGACCUUAACAUGUGCCGGAUUAUUGAUCGCAGUUCACACAUGACCCGAGGGACGCUCAUCGAUCUCCCUGGUGGAGUUUAUAGUCUUGACCUAUCUGCUUCCAGUCCAUCUAGCGCACCCCUCAUCGCGGUAACCUCCAGUCACAAGCUAUUCCUGCUCCAUCUUACGGGGAGUGCAUUAUUAUAAGGUCAUCCCUCAUCCCAGCAUGAUGGUGUUACCAUAUAGGAAUUCCGGUGUUCGGUAUGGAGGUGGGAUGAGCCAACAGAUUGUGACAUGGUAUUGGCGGUCACUUUCCAGACCACCUCGUACCAAUCCAAGUGUUUCGUUUUGUUGUGCUGCCUAUGUGUGUUUUCAUUUUUAUUUGUAUAAAAUUGUGUUUCGUUUUGGUGCUA